AUGCAAAGCCGCGGCGGCGGCGGCGGCAGGCGAGCCUUUGACAGCCUCUGCCCCAAUAGGGUGCAGGACCUGGCCGAGCGGCUGGCAAAGAAGCCGGCGGGCAAAGUAGAGAAGAAGAUUCGAAUCCAGCAGCACCUUACAGACCAACUAGAUUUUCAGGCUAUCAGCUCUCGAGAGUCAACUCUCCCUUCGUCAGACAAGAGCGGUGGCUGGUUUAUUAUCGCCCCUUACUGCUUUACAUCCGUAAUGGCAGUGCAGGCUUGCCCUCGCCAUUAUCCAGCUUGGCCGGUGGAUUUCCAGAGCCCCUGCUUCCAAGUGGAGCCUGACUUUGAUUUCCAGGAAUUUCGGGAUGUCGUCGAUAGCUUCAUAUCAGAUCCAUCCUCUCUAAUGCCACCUCUGCUGGACUCUGCUGUUUUCCCUGUCGAUGAUGGAAGACCCUUCAGCCCUGGCAUUCCUCUGCCUGCCCAAGAGGAUCCUCUGUCUCAGAUGAAUGUUGACAACAUCUCUUCUGCUGAGCAGUAUUGGAAAGACCUGGCUGAUCAUAAUCAGAAAGCCCUGGGGGAUGCCCUUGUGGAAAACAAUCAGCUCCAAGUGACACUUACUCAAAAGCAAGAAGAGAUUGCGUCUCUAAAGGAAAGAAAUAUCCAGCUCAAGGAACUGGCCAGCCAAGCAAAGCAGCUAGCUUCUGUGCUGGAUAAACUGAUUAUACCUCAGUGUAAAGACAGCACAGACGUUUCUGUCACCAAUGGCCCAAACAAGAGAAGCCUUCUGCAGAUGACCAACAAUGAGCAAGAGGACGACACAGAAGUGAAUGAAAUCUUGCGGGAAAUAUCCGACAAAUGCAACCUAGCCUUGCAGUCCAUUGAUGAAAACAGAGGCCCCAAGCGUCCCCGUGGAGAGAGUGGUACAGUCCACAUGUACGGCGCUUUCCAUGGGUUACAGACACACAACAGCUGCAGCUCUCUGGAUAUGAGCGGUAGUGACCUGGAAGAAGGGGUCUCCUUCAGGACAUCGAUCAAAGAGCACUGUAACAUCCGGACACUGGCCUUCCCUCAAGGCAAUGCAUUCACUUUCAGGACUGCCACUGGGGGCUAUAAGUUUAGGUGGGUCCCUAGCUGA